CCAGUUCUUCACUAGGGCUCGAAGUAGUUUCAGGAUGGAAUCGUCGAUGAGAAAGCUCCUGCCAAGCCCGCAUCGCCGGACUGGGCUUCUCAAGGAUCAGCUCCAACUUGUGCCGAGAAAGGGCGAUGGCGGCCGCGAGGAUCGCUACGAGAUUGCGCCAAUCUCCGACCCCCUCUCCUUCGACAAGGGCUUCUUUCUCUUCAUCCGGGCGUGUCAGCUCCUCACGCGCAAGAUGGAAGGGGUGACAAUUGUGGUGGGAGUUGCCGGCCCCUCGGGCGCUGGUAAGACCGUCUUCACGGACAAGGUCGCGAGCUUCUUGCCCGGGAUUGCGAUCAUUUGCAUGGACAACUACAACGAUUCCAGCCUUGUCAUCGACGGGAACUACGAUGAUCCCAGGAUCGUGGACUACGAAAUUCUUCUAGACAACAUCAAGAGCUUGAGAGCUGGGAACUCUGCCGACAUUCCGAUAUAUGACUUCAAGCUCAGUCGUCGAGUUGGCUAUAGGCGUCUGGAGCAUCCAUCGACGAGAAUUGUGAUCGUGGAAGGGAUAUAUGCUUUGUGUGAGAAGCUACGUCCAUUCCUGGAUCUGCGAGUCUCUAUAACCGGAGGAGUCCAUUUUGAUCUCGUCAAGCGGGUUCUCCGUGAUAUCAAUCGCUCCGGCCAAGCUCCGGAAGACAUCAUCCACCAGAUAUCAGAAACGGUUUAUCCCAUGUACAAGGUGUUCAUAGAGCCGGAUCUAGCAACAGCACACAUCAAAGUAGUCAACAAGUUUAAUCCUUUCUCGGGAUUUCAGAGUCCAACUUACAUCCUAAAGUCUUCUCGUCAUGUCACGGAAGAAGAGAUUAAAGCUGCCAUUGGCUCCAAGUUCACUGAAGCAACAGAAGAUACUUACGAUAUCUAUCUCUUGCCUCCAGGCGAAGACCCGGAAACUUGCCAGUCUUAUCUUCGCAUGAGAAAUCGCGAUGGAAGAUACAGUUUGAUCUUCGAGGAACUUGUGACCGAUGAGGAUUUUAUCAUCUCGCCAAGGAUCACUUUUGACGUGAGCGUGAGGCUCUUGGGAGGCCUCAUGGCUCUUGGAUACGAGAUGGCCACCAUUAUGAAGCGGUCGAGCCGGGUGUUUUGUGACGAGACUGAGAAGAUCGUCGUCAAGAUUGACAAGCUCGAGCAAGUCCAGCGAAAGUAUGUCCAGAUACAAGGCAAAGAUCGAUCGCUCGUCGCGGAUAUCGGGAAGAAGCUGGGGCUCGAAGGCUCGUACAUUCCACGCUCUUAUAUAGAACAAAUACAACUGGAGAAACUCACUGCCGAAGUAGUGGCAUUGCCGGAGGACCUCAAGAACAAAUUAAGCUUGAAAACUACCACUGUUCCGGGAAGUCCAGUUUCAUCCAAAACUUAUAGCAGAAGCUUGAGCUGGAAUACCUCGAGCUUGAGAAAGCAGCCGGAAAGAAAGCCUCCACCGCUGAAGAUCGAAAACCUCCAGAGAAUUCAAGACGAUCGAGGAUCGGAGUCUCCGUUGACAGAUCAAGUGUAUCCUCGUGUUGUCGAGCAACUUGCGAAUGUCAAUGAAAAACUCGACGAGCUCGUCUCAAGGCUCGCAGAGCUGGAGAAGAAACUAAUCACGCCUUCUUCAGCAGUCCCUAUAAUCACUCCUCCUCGACGAGUUCCUAGCGGGUCCAACGACGACCAAGUGCUGAGCAACGAGGUGAGAUCUCUUGCUCGAGGCCAGCAUGACAUGAACACGCAGCUAGAUCUCCUCACAAACUUCAUCCGCCAGAGGCAACUCCUCCCGAUCGAGCAAGGUGGUCUAAGCUUGUACCCAAAUCCAAAGUUUUUCCUCGUUGGUAGCCUCGCUUUCAUUGCCUGUUCAUGGUUUCUCGUGAACGCGAGAAAGGCUUGAUCGAGAGAAAGCUUCCAAUGUACAAAAUAAAGUUCAUAUUGAUGUAAGAACUUCUCACA